AUGGGUGACAAUGUAUUAGAAGACCAUAUUCCUAAGAUAGGAAUGGAGUUUGAGACAGAAGUUGAGGCAUAUGAUUUCUAUAUGAAAUAUGCUAAGUCUAGCAAUGCUGCAAGUCUGCCAUCAAUGAAGAGCAAGUCAUUUUAUUUUGGUGUUGUUGCAAAUGCCAAUGGUCAAACUGAGUUGGCUAAUAGGGAGAUCAAAGGCGUUUUGGAGAAAACUGUGAAUGCCAACAGAAAAGAUUGGGCAUUGAAGCUCGAUAAUGCACUUUGGGCUUAUAGGACGGAUUAUAAAACGCCGAUCGGCAUGUCACCUUACCAGCUGGUGUUUGGGAAAUCCUAUCAUCUUCCCGUGAAGCUCGAGCAUAAGUCACAUUGGGCAGUGAAGCUGUUAAAUGCUGAUUAUUACAAGGCGGGGAAGGAGAGACAAUCUUAUCUGAACUUGCUCGAUUAUUUUAGGAAUGAAGCAUUUGAAAACAAUGUCAUCUACAAGGAGCGUCUCAAAACCUAUCAUGAUAAGAUGAUUGAGAAGAGGGAAUACUUCCUAGGAGAUUUGGUGAUGUUCAAUGAAUAUAUGAAACUCUUCCUCGGAAAGCUCAAGUCAAGGUGGUACAAAUUGACAUGGCCCCAAACACUCUUAAGGCUUAAAAGGUCGGUGUCACCCUACGAAAAGGGGAAUCAAAGAAGAUGGAUGUCUUAG